AACAUGAAUUCGUCUGGAUCCCAUGACGAUCCUGAAGGUGCUCAAAGUGUUCCGUUGGUAAAUUCCGAAGAAUCGUUGCGUAAAAAUUAUGGUUCUGGCUCAAAUGCACCGCAAAAACGGAUACAUGGACAUGAUGGAGAACAACAACAGAAAAAUGAUUCAGUUGAAUCCCAAAUUCAUCGAAGAGAAUUAACCCCAGAAUUUGAUGCUUCUCCAUUUUCAAUAGAAAAGGAUCUUUCACUGGAAUAUUGGCAGAGUAAAGUACAGAACCUAGACUCAACAAGCCAGACAAGAAACUUAAAACACUUCCUUCAAUCUAUAUUAGAGGUAGACGAUUAUGGUGAUCAACGAGGAAUGGCAGCUGCCGGCGGUGCUGCACAAACCAACAAUAUGCAUAAGGUACAAAUAUACUCCACGUAUUUAUUAUAAAUUACAUGGGUUUUUAAAUACUGAUCAGCUGUGGUUAAACCCUCACUCUAAAAAUUAAAUGUUAAACCAGCACUUUUUCAUGCGUCACCGUAUAACGACUGCAUCUGACGUGCUGACUUUAGCACUUGUGGUGCUCAUUAUUGCACGUCUCGUGCUUAUUUUAGCACUCUGAAUGCUGCGUGACGGCAGCUGAAGUGCAGUGACUACUAGUAUUCGAAAUCCUUAACCCUAAGAAGGCUGGGGGCUGAUUCAGCUCCCCACCCCCUUCGACAUUUUUGGCGAUAAAUCCGCCGCUCGAAUUUUUUUCACCGCGUCGCUCGCAGACUUUUUUUACUUUCAAUUCUCGCACAAUUUUUGAGACCAGAAUUGUGACCCCCAGGUACGCGGUUACGAAAUUACGCAAUAUUUCGUAAGUGCAUGCAGACCCAAAUACUAAAAAACGUGAAUUUGUGUACAAAUCCAAUGCAAAUAGUGUAUUCUAAAAAUGUAUCAUUAUUUUUCCGUUUACUGCUUAAAAUCAAUUAAUUUUAUCUUGCUUAUGGUCAAAAUAAGAUCCCCGACAAUU